AUGAACACAAGCAGCCAUCCGAUCGUGGCAUUCUCGUAUCAACUGUACAUCUUACCAGCCAAUGUACCAUGCAGCCGACCCCUGCGCCUCCAGCUUCACCGUGCGCCACCCCCAGACCGUCUGGUCCGUGAGCUGAGCAAAACCUCCGGCUCCAUGACGAUGCGAUCUCGAUGUCAUCCAACUCCCGCUUACUGGCUUCCCCGUGGUUGGGUUGCGUUUCCGAUAUUUUUCUGCAAUAUCUGCAAUCUUCGAGACGUUGCCAGCCCUCUCGUACGAGGAACCAAAUACCUAGGUAUCUGCACCGACGAAGCCCCCAUGUAUCUACUUUCUCGAUCAUGGCACGAUUGCCAUCCAUACGCACCCAAUGAUUGGGCGGCUCCCUACCUCAGACUCACUCGCCGCAUUGGAGCGACGAGAUACCUGGCUGCACCGCCCGUUGGCUCUUGGUGCUUUGAAUUCCAACAUUACAUAGUGAAAACUAAACAACACCAUAAUGCAAGAUUCGACGCCUGCUCCAUCGCGCUAGGGUAUCUGGAAGGCCACGUAAAGAAAGGAGGCGGACUAUCUUCCAAGCCAGCGCGGCCCGGUCACAUCACACGCACUGCCAUCCGCCCGGCCGCAAGCCGAGCCGGGACUGGUGGUGUGAUACCGGGUCCGUCUUCAGCGGACCCGCCCUCCGGCACCGGCGGUGCCGGUGCGGUCGCUGCCCUCGCUCGGGUCUCCCGCUUCUUUAGCGUCAAGAUAUCAUCUUCGGACGGUUCACUUGCAGACGCGGACAAUUUUCUCUUCCACGGCCACGGCAUAUUCCAGCUUCGCAGUAUGGCCUUCACAUCACGAACCUCAUCCGUACCUCCGACCGUAGACCGGCUUGUCUCUUCCCCACUUCCUUCUAGAACACGGGUGUGCCCACCGGAAUCGGGGGCCUUCAGGGUGAUCCCUUGCGUCGGUACUGCUCCGGCAGCAUUGCAGUUGCUUGAGACGAACAGUGGACCGAUACAGAUGGGACUAUUGGUGGCAGCGUUAGCGACCUCGGUGUAUUAUGCAUUGGCGAACUCUGUUGUCGGCUUCCCCCGCGAAGAUAGCGCACGCCUCAUACCCAAGGCUUUCCCCGCAGUGACCAACUUGGCGAGAGAUACUCACCAUUCCGGUUCCGAGUCAUGCCGAUUGAGCUUCGACUCGAGAUCCAAUCCGUCGAGGGUAGUGCUAUUGCACUCGGAAACUGUGCUCAAUUUUCGUCGGGCGUCUUGGAACUUUGAUCGGCCCGCAGACGAGAAGGACCAUGAAAAGCGUAAGCAAAAUUAUGCCAAGUUCGUCCAUGCAGCCGGUGGGAUGUGUUGUGGCUUUCAAAAGCUGCACAUCGCAUCUGUGGCCGACAAGGCACACCUACAGAGCCCUCGUGAAUGGCUGGAGUCAAGAGCCGAGUUGGUGAUACGCCAGAUGCGAGCUCUCUGCCAUCAGCCACCAAUACCCCUCAUUCACCCAAGAGCACCGGCGUUCAGCUAUGGUGUUCUCACAGCUGGGCGCCCAGUCUUCCUUGCAAAUGGCUGUUUGCUUGAGAUAACAAUGAGUCGACGAGUUCCAACUUCCAACAAGGCCACACAUGGCUCAUUAUCUUUGAUUUUCUCUAUCCAUACCUGCUCAAAACCCUCACGAUAUCGUUCUUCGUGGGCCAAGAACCUUGGCUCCAAAUUACGCCGAAUCAGACGCCUGUCCAGAUGCAACUCUUUCUGGGGGUUAGAUAGAAUAGCCCAGGUUUGUGACGUAAAACUGGCGUGUGAUACUGGUCUUGGUAUCCUUGGUAAGCGGCGGGACGCCUCUACUACCUUGCCUCCGUUUUCCCAAGAGAGGCCGAUGAGCCUGUCUGGACUCCUGGGCAAAGAGACUGAACUGCAACGGGGCAGGGAACGAAACGCAAAAACGAAGCAACGGAGGGGGAGUGCCCCUCCAUAUCCCCUCUACCCCUCCGGAAAACUCCAACUAUCCAACACCAAGACGCAUCCACGAACCCCAGGAGAGCCGGCGGCGGCGCUGGAGGAGAGGAAAGUGGACUCUGGAGGAGCGGCGCCGGCGCCCAGCAGGCCGGCCAAGAACCGCCAAGUUGCCCGUCAUCCCUUGGCUGCCAGACUGACCUACCAGAGGUUCAACUCUUCUCAUUUGCAACCCACCUCAUAUGUCCACCUCGGGGCGGCCAAGACGUCCGCCGUCCAAUACCAUCAGCUGACCAGUGUCUCUUGCGACACCGAAUGGAGAAAUGCGAUCAAGCAUGCUGGAGAAGGAUUUGGCAAAGACCCUGCUCCGAGUAUCCCGCAAACGUGCACUGGCAUGAUGAGCUGGAAGGCGUGGUUGUAG